AUGGCGAAUAUCCAAGAGCUUGAAUUGUUCAUCAAGCAAAGAAGACGAGAAGCUGAACUCAGCAAGAAGUUUGUGAAGAUGGCGUGUGAUCUUGAAGAUGAGCUAGAUAUGGUGCUGGCAGAAGACGAGGCUGGGAAUGGGGAAGGAUUAAAGAGACGAAGGAGAUCUGUAACGCUCGAUAUAGAUGAUAUACUAAGCAUAUCGGUUGAAGAGACAAGAAAUGACUUGCAUAUGAUCUGUGGAGAAAAGAACUACAAGAUGUUCAUUAAAAACAGCACGUUGGUUGUGGAUGGAGGAACCUUUGUAAAGGGCAACAUCAUCAAGGUUUCUGUAAAUCAAGAAGAGCAUGUAGGAACAAUAACAUCGGUUGAAGAGAAUGGAAUUGUAGUAAAAACAAAAGGAUUCAAGAGACUCAAGAUUUUGUUAGAUGACAUGAGAGCAAUUGGGUCCUCAAUUAUGCUAUUGAAAAACGAAAGUCCAAAGCAUACCUCAAGAAGGCAGCUUCUGUAA